CAGCGAACUACGUGUGUGUAGUUUUAUUAGUACAUAACCGAAAUAAUGGGAGAAGAAGCUGUCACCAAACAACCUAUAUCAAGCCAAAUUGAGGAGACCAGAGAAUGGGAGUCAGGCCUAUUUCAGUGCACAAAUGACUUUACUAGUUGUUUCUUGUCACUGUUUUGUCCAUGCCCAUAUUUAUGCUAUUUAUAUUCAUAUGCCAAUGAACCGUGUUGGUUGCCGUGUAUUGGCGCUGGAACUGGUCCACUUAGAAUGCGACAACGUUUUAGGCAUAAAAUUAAAGGUUCAAUAACUAAUGACUUUUUAUUAUCAUGCAUAUGUACACAAUGUGUUAUGUGUCAAUUAAAAAGAGAUAUGGAUUAUGUUAUUAAAAACGAUGGGGAUGUUUAAAAUGUCUAUAUAUACAAUUCAAUAUGAUCAAAUCAAGAACUAAACUAUUUGUGUGAUAAAUAUGUGUUAACAAUGUUCAAUUUUCUGUUUUUCAUUUUAAAUAAAGUAAUAUAGUAAAAAUUUUAAUUUAAUAAUUAUGAUUGAUUGGUAUUGGUUAUUGAUUAUUAUCUUUGGACUAAUUUAUUUAUGAAUAAAAUCAUUGGAUAAUGUUGAUA